AUGGCGGCUAAGGGCUCGCACUCGCACGUGAAGCUGGAGGGGGAGAUCGAGCGGUGCCGGGCAGAGGGGCACUGGGGGCAGCUCCGGCACCUGGCCCGUCAGUUGCUGCCGCCGGCACGGCCCCCGCGCAAGGCGGCGGGGGGCGCGCAGGACGCUGAGGACUACGGGAGUAUGCUGCUUGCAGAGGCUCUGCUGGAAGAAUGUUUGAAGGAAAACUUUGCCAAACUGAAGGACUCCAUUCCACUGACAGAGAAGAAUGAGCCAAAACUGAGUGAAGCUAAGCAGUAUCUGACCAAUAUCUUAAGCAGAGGAAAACUACGACCUAAGUAUAUGACAGAAGCUAUGCUGAUCCUAGGAAAGCUUCAUUAUGUGGAGGGAUCCUACAGAGAUGCCAUCAGCAUGUAUGCAAGAGCAGGAAUUGAUGACCUCUCAACAAAAGAUGAACCUCUGUACAUGCUGCGCUUGGUAACUGAAGCCUUCGUUAUUAAAGGUCUGUCACUGGAGCGCUCAACCAACUCAAUUGCCUCACGUGCUCGACUGUGUGAAAGGGAGGAGGAAGUCAUGGCUUGUUUUGAGACAGCAUGUGUCAUUGCCCAGGUGUACUUGCAGGAGCUUGAAAAGACCUUAAACAACACACAUUCAAGGAGUAUGAAGGGCAGCAACGUGACUUACUCUGAGUUUGAACUUUCUUACUUCCUGGAAGCAGCUCUACAGAGUGCCUACGUGACUCAUUUAAAGAAGGGAAACAUUGUGAAAGGAAUGAGGAGUCUGCGAGAAAUACUGCGGACUGUGGAAACAAAAGCUACCCAGACCUUCAAAAUGACUGCAGCCAAACAGCUAGCCCAAGUACUUCUCCAUUCCCUCAGUGAAGACUGUUACUGGAGCCCUUUAUCUGAUCCGCUUCCUGAGUUCAUGAACAAGGAAGAUCAGUCUUAUGUUAGCAAUCUUCUUUGUCGGAGGCCCGAGCUGUACACAGAAGAGAAUGCGUACUGCCCUCAAGACAACGUAGAAGAGGCUCUUCUUCUCCUCUUAAUCAGUGAAUCCAUGGCAAACCGGGAUGCAGUGAUCAGCCGAGCCCCAGACCAGCAGGAUGACCGAGCUGUCAGCCUCCGGGAUGCUUCUGCAGUCUAUGACCUCCUCAGUAUCACGCUGGGCAGAAGAGGGCAGUAUGUCAUGCUUUCUGAGUGCUUGGAGAGAGCCAUGAAGUUUGCGUUUGAUGAAUUUCACCUCUGGUACCAGCUUGCCCUGUCCAUGGUGGCUUGUGGAAAGUCAGCAUAUGCUGUGUCAGUGCUCAAAGAGUGUGCUAAACUGCGACCUACAGAUCCCACCAUUCCUCUUCUGGCUGCCAAGGUCUGCAUUGGGUCACUGCACUGGCUGGAAGAAGGAGAAUACUUUGCUAAAAUGGUGAUAGACCUGGGUGAGGAUGCUGGAGAGUCCCUAGCAAAGGGUUACCUGGCACUGGGCCUGACAUACAGUCUUCAAGCUACUGAUGCUACUCUGAAGGGCACUCAGGAUGAAUUAAACAAGAAAGCGCUUCAGACUUUGGAGAGAGCACGUGACUUGGCCCCGGAAGAUCACCAAAUCGUCCUCUACCUAUCACUGCAGCUGGCUCUUGUCAGGCAGAUUUCUGAUGCUAUAGAACAUCUUCAGGAAGCACUGCAACUGUGCAAAGAUGACAUGAAUUCACUUCAUCUACUGGCCCUCCUCUUUUCAGCUCAGAAGCACUACCAGCAUGCACUGGAUGUUAUCAACAUGGCUGUUGUUGAGUACCCAGAAAGCUUUAGCUUACUGUUCACCAAAGUAAAACUGGAAUGGAUACAUAAAGGACCUGAAGAGGCUCUGGUGACAUGCAGACAUAUGUUGCGGGUGUGGCAGAUGGUAUAUAAUGUUUUACAGCACAGUGGCUCUGAGAAAGGAAGUAGUGUGACCGAAACGCCGAUGAUCAAAAAGCAUAAUGGACUGCAUCUCACACUCCCAGAUGCUCAUGAUACUGAUUCUGGGUCACAGCGAGCCUCUUCCCUUGCUGCAUCAAGACUAGAACAGGCCAUGUCUGAAAUAACUAUGCAGAGCAGCACAAUGAAGCAAGGACCUAUGCAGCUGUGGACAGCUCUUGAACAAAUUUGGCUACAAGCUGCUGAACUCUUCAUGGAACAACAGCAUCUCAAAGAAGCAGGCUUUUGUAUCCAGGAGGCAGCUAGUCUUUUCCCCACAUCUCAUGCUGUACUGUACAUGCGUGGGAGGCUUGCAGAGAUGAAAGGCAAUUUGGAGGAGGCUAGGCAAUUGUAUGAUGAAGCGCUCACAGUGAAUCCAGCUGGAGUGGAAAUUAUGCACAGCUUGGGCCUGGUGCUGAGCAGACUUGGGCGGAGGGACCUGGCCCAGAAAGUACUCAGAGAUGCCAUCCGGAUCCAGACCACCAGUCACAGGGCAUGGAACAGCCUUGGAGAGGUCUUGCAAGCUCAGGGGAAAAAUGAAGCAGCCAUCGAAUGCUUCCUCACCGCUCUGGACCUCGAAUCCAGCAGUCCUGUCAUCCCGUUCACUGUCAUACCCAGGGAGCUCUGAAGCUUUGCCCUGCAGCUAAGCAUCUUCAUUCCAUGGACAGACACCAAAACCAAACAAGUAAAGAAAAAGCCCAAUAGAAAAAUGCCAUUGUAACCUGGAACUGGGCAAAAUAAUUCCAGGGUGGGGCUCAGGUCUCCAUGCUUAGCUGAGAGAAGCCUAACUAGAAUUUGCAAGAGGCAGAAAUAGAGAAUGCCUUUUUCUUCACAGGCGCCUGGCUCACCUCCUGUUCAAGUUAAUAGCAAG